GUCAUCAACAGAGGACGUCGUGUGUGGUUCAGCUGGAUUUGAGAAAUAAGCAAGCUUGGCACAAAUGGCUUCAGAGGACGCAUUUAAAGUCUCCUCUCUGAAGGGCAAAGUGGCCCUGAUAACGGGGGCCAGCUCGGGGAUCGGGGCAGGUACGAGUGUCCUGUUCGCCAAGCUCGGAGCUCUGCUGGCCCUGAACGGCCGCGACGUGGAAAACCUCGCCAAAGUGGCCAAACAGUGUACCGACGUGGGAGCUGCGGAGCCCCUGCUGGUUCCCGGGGACCUGACGGACGAGGAGACGGUGAGGAGAACGGUGGAGCAGACCAUAACCCGCUUUGGCCGGCUGGACGUGCUGAUCAACAGCGCCGGCAUCCUGGCCAUGGGCAGCAUCGAGACCGGCGACCUGGCCCAGUACGACAAGGUCAUGAACGUCAACGUGAGGUCGGUGUACCACCUGACCCAGGUGUGCGUGCCCCACCUGAUAGAGACCAAAGGCUGCAUCGUCAACGUGUCCAGCGUGAACGGACAGAGAUCCUUCCCCGGCGUGCUGGCGUACUGCAUGUCCAAGUCCGCCGUGGACCAGUUCACGCGCUGCACAGCGCUCGAGCUGGCGUCAAAGCAGGUCCGGGUCAACUCUGUCUGUCCCGGCGUGAUCGUCACUGAUGUCCACAAGAGAGCCGGGCUGAACGAGGAGCAGUACGCUCAGUUCCUGGCGAAGUGCAGUCAGACCCACGCGCUGGGCCGGCCCGGCGAGGUGGAGGAGGUGGCGCACAGCAUCGCCUUCCUGGCGUCCGACGCCGCCAGCUUCAUCACCGGGGUCAACCUGCCCGUGGACGGGGGCCGCCACGCCAUGUGCCCCCGCUGAGACCCAGUGUGACCCAAAUACAAGCCUCUGAACCUC